AGAGAGACAGAUGUGAAGGAAAAGUUGAGCCCUUAUUUUCAUCAGUGAACACGGUCACCCCUAACCCCAGGCUCGGCAUCCUCUUAUCUCAGAAACCUGGUCUCACAUUGCCUCUGGAGGAAAGAGAGGGCUACUGGAUUCAGAGCUGGCAUCCCUUGCUUUGCCAGAUUCACAAAGUUCCCAAACAGACCAGUUCUUCCCCCCACCAACACCCCCAACUGUUGUUUUCAAGGCCUGUUCAGGAACCGGCACCACCACCUGCGCGGCCACCGUCCCCCUGGGGUUAGGGGAGACCUCUGAGUACACCCCUUCUAUCUAUACCCCUCUCGCAUUUAGCUGGGGCUGUGCCGCGCCACGGGCAAAUGGAAAGAAAGGGCUGGGGAGUGUGCUCCCCAGUUCCCCAAGGGGGACCAGUUGCUCCCCCGUCCCCCUGGCCAGCCAGCUAGCGAAACAUCCUUCCAGGCUUAACAGACCUUCCUUCUGCCCUUACCCUCUCUUUCUAUCUUUCCCCCUCAUUCUCCCUCCCUCCGCCUGGAUUCCUGAUCCAUUCAUUUCCAUUCAUUACAGAGACUCAUUCAUGCAUGGGAGAGAAACACCUCCCAGCAGCCGAGUCUGGAGACAGACAUAGGGGGAGGGGCACGAAGGGGGAGAAAAUCAGAGGCAGAGGCAAUGAACAGAGAGAGUUAGGGGAGGAGUGCAAGUUAAGGGGCGCUGCUGGCCUGGGGACCGGGUUAAAAAAAAAUAAAAUAACCUGCCAAAUACCAGCUAGCAUUGAUUCCCGUGUUUCAAACCUUGGAGCCUGCAGUUUGAUGGGGCAUCUCGGCCCCUUUGUCCAAGGCUGCUCCGAAGCAGGCUUUCCUCCUCUCGGCAGGGGAGAGGCUCCUGCACACAAGAGGAGGAUUACACUGGCUCGGAGCUCGAGAGGCUGGAGUGAGGGACGGGGGGCGGGGCCGGGCCAUCUGCGCAGAUAGGGGCUGAGCUGGAGCGCCGGGCAGGAGAGGGUUAAAAUUCUCCCGGCUAAAAUUCCCUGGGCCAGGGAUGUGCAGAGAGCUCCAGUUCCGAGGGAAAGAGAAGAGCACGGGAGAGGACGAGGCUUGGGGUGGGAGGGGGUGGAGGGGCACUUGACGGAUUCGAAACCGUGGAGGUGAAAUGUUCGGAUUUAGAAGCGACCCAGAAUUCAGAUCCGCUGAAAAAAGGCCUGAGAUGGAAGACCAGAAAUCAGCCAGUCCACCUUCCUGCUUACAUAGAGAAUUUAUUGUAUGGAGGCGGGAGAUAUGGGGGGCUCUAAGGUGGCUUGGUUCGGGCUUUGCCUGAGAUGGAAAGAGUAUCUGAGAUAUAAAGAACUUCUUUACAAUAGGUAUUGUGACGCUGAAAGAUUGGCUGCUGAGAAAGAAAAGGAAGCCGGCGUUAGCUUCCUUCAGGAUUUUUAAUAGAAGGCAACUGGGUCUGAGUCAGCCCUGCUUAUCAUCAGUAAAGAGAAAAGGCGCUGCGAGUCCAAGGGGCCUUUACUUUUGACAUUUAAUGGAUGCGAUAGGACUCCCUGAAGGGGCAGAAACCUGUUACAUAUGGAAUCCGGGUUAUGAGGAUUUUAUUAACGGGAGGUUAAUUAACUGAGUGUCCUUGCCCGAAGGUCGCUAAACAACUAGCACUACCACUUUUGAUAUUUGGAUGUCUCUGGCUCCAAAUUCAGAGCAUCCACCCCGGCCAUUAGUAUCUGUGGAUCCUCCACGGAUACUAAUUCUCCCUCCCUCCGCCCAGAAAUCACAGUCCUUGCCGGUUCCUUAAAUAGUGUCACGAAAGGUGCAAGGAUAUGAGGCCCAGGCUAUUGUGGGUCCAAUCUGACCAUGUGUAGCUCUGCAACCUUCAGUCAGGUUUACUUACCCUCUCAGUUUCAACUAUAAACAUAGGAGGGUUGGACUAAUUUAUACUGAUGGGGACUUCCAGCUCACAAGUGUUGCGGUUCUGAGUCUGGGUACUUUUCUGGACCCCAGAGAUAGGUUAAAAAUAAAUGGUCAUUCCUUCAGUACCAUGGAGAGUGCAGUGGGCUACCAGAAGAGCCACUUUGGCCACCACAGUACCAUAGAUAGAGCUCUGAGGUGAUAGAAGGGCCACAUUUGCCAUUUUAGCACCAUAGAGAAGGCCGUGAGAAAAGCUAGAGAAUUCUUAAAAAUUCCUCUCCAGCAACCAUAGUGAGGAGGGCGGAAAAAAAAAAACAAUCGUGGUACCACUGAGAUUAUUUGGCCUUUUGGAUGUCACUGAAAAUAGAUACAUGUAAUAGAAAAUAGAUGUCACUAGAAGAAUUUUAAUUAGCUAAAGGAGUGUCCUGACAGUUACAGUUUGUACAUCCUGGAAUGAGUUACUGAGGCAUCAUAUUUGGGUCCAUCACAUUCUGUUGCUCUCCUGGGGAUUCCCGGAACAUCCUGGUGUACAGCCAAUCUGGUGUAGUCAGAGGAAGCAGAUGGUGGGGGAGGAGGAGGGAGGCUGGGAAUACUGCAUGGUCAUAGCUGACUAAACCUAUGGGCACAUACUCUAAUUCUGAGAGAUUCUAGGACCCUUAAACCUGCCUGUGGGUUUUGCAAGCAAAAUAUUUCAUGGGAGGCUGGCCUCAUGACAAACAGACUCGGGUAAAACUUGCCCCCCCACCCCAACAGAAACAAAAACCGUAUGUUGGGGCAAAAAGAUAGUAUAGCGGGUAGGGCGCCUGCAUUGUACGUGUUUGACCCAAGUUCAAUCCCCAGCAUCCCAUAAGGUCCCGAGUCUGCCAGAAGUGAGUGACCCCUGAGCACAGAGCCAGGGGUAAACUCUGAGCACCACUGGGUGUGGCCCCCAAACAAAAACAAACAAAAAAUACCCCAUGUAGCACAGAGCAGUUUCCAGGCUGGAAAAUAUAGUGAUAUGCAAAGAAGGCCCAAACUGAUGCUGAAUUCCACAGCAGAAGUUUCCCCAGCGUGUGACCUCAAUCAACAAAACCCACAGGCCGACUCUCCUGGGUCACGUCAUAGCCCCUGAAUCAGCUCUCCACCAAACCAGGUCCCCACCAUCUGAUCCCAUGAAUUUAUCUUCACAGAAGGGCCUGAGCUUCUGUGGGCUGACUUACAACCCAGGCCAUGCAUAUACCGCUCGUGGGCAAUAAAUCACAGAGUUUUCAAGGCCCUAAACACCAUUCCACGAGACUGGGUCUGAUAGUAGCACUGACCUACUUUCCAUCUCCACUGGGAAAAGGGGGUUAUCUUGCCCUUAUUUGGGUUCUACAGGGAGGCAGGGCCAGGGAUGGGGAUUAAAAAAAAAAAUCUUUCCAAAGCAACAGGCAAAUUAAUUUGAUGUGCUCAAAGAGCUGGUAGCAAAAGGUCUGGUCCACAAGACCUCACUGAAGAGGAAAAGGCGGAGGGGUUGGUGACAAGACUGAGGAACGACAGGGACAGUUUACACACCCCAGUGCUGACUGGAAGACCACGAAAAUCAGGCCUCAGCCGUUGUGGGUCACAGGUUUUAGGGGCAAAGUGUAAGGGGCAAGAGUUCAGGGCUGUGGCAUGGACUAGGCCUCUGUCCCUGCUCAUCUCUAACAUUCCAUUUUUCUGUUAAGGAUCCUCCACCUUCCAGGGCAGUGAACAAUAAUAAUGAACAUGGUGGCGCAAGGUGGGGCCAAAAGGAAAGGGAGCUGCUUAAGGGGACCACACAGAUGACAUGCGGGGCCACCUCCCCGCCCUUCUUGGUGGCCCUCUGCUCCACGCGGCUUAGGUGGCUGAAUCCCACCCAACAGUCUGCCCCCCUUUUAGACCGAAACUCAGUGCUGCCUCCCUCCCGCCACACUCACUGCCCUGUGCUGGGGGCACAGAACCUUAGUCAUGGACACACACCAGCAGGAGAGGAAGCUGGGGCGGCUCACCCACUGCCGCCCUACUGUGACGAAUAGCAUCCCAGAGGCAUGUCCCAACUUGACCCCUCUCCUCAAAGUUGUGCAGGGCUGGUAUUGGGGGGGAGGGGGCAGGCAGUGCGCCCAAAGUCCCCAUACCUGGAACUGAUGACCCCAGAAAAGCCUGAGUCUGAGCACCCUUCCAGAUUGGGGAGGGGGGGCGGAUGGGGGGGGGGCAGGAAGGCCUCUGGGAAAAUCGCUCUCCCAGAAGUCGGCUGGCAAGUGGGGCAGGCCCAGUGAUUCUGCACGAGCGCUUCCUCCAGCAGCACCCGGACCCCCUCCCGGGAAGACGAGCCAGAAGGAUGAGGACAAAUCUGCCAUCUGCUCUGAGCUACCAGGGCCCAGGAGGAGCUCGAGGAGCUCCGGGAGCCACUGGGUCUAAUCCAUCAGGAGUUGCUGCCUCGGACUAGGAAGCACCAACAUCCAGGGGUUAAGGGAACCAUGGAGGAGAGAGCUGGUCACCCAGAGCAGGAGGGACCCCGUUCUCGUUUGGAGCAGCUGCAGUACUGGGCAAGGCACAAGGAGAACAGGCGGCUCUUGGUGCUGGCGGUGAGCCAAAUAUGGCUGGCAGUGGCUCUAGUGCCUUCCGCUGUCUCAGUCGCCUGCCUGAACUCUGCUUGCCACAUGACCACGGCACUACCACUUGGACCUGCAGCCUUGGGUUUCCUCGCUGGGAUUGUUACCUUGGAACUUCGCAGAGUACCCAGAAUCUGGAAGGUGCAGGCCAUGAUGGUACUCAACACCUUCAGUCUACUCUUGGGCUUCAUUGCGGUGGCGAUUGAGCUGAUCAAGACCUUCUUGGGACCUGCCCCAACGGCCCCUUCCCAGGCGGGCACGCUGGUGCUGGAGCUGAGCACUGAGGCCUUCACCCUCGGGGGAGGGCUGGUCUCUGCAUCCUCUCUCUUCCUGCUGAGCCAGAGGAAGCCAGGAUGCUGCAGGAGCCACACUCUGCACUAUCAGGAGCUGCAGGAGGGCAACCCUGAGUUGGUGGAAGUUACUAGUUUGGAAAACUGCCCCGUGGUGGCCAGCUGAAGAAAUGAAUAAGCUGGCCCCGGGGCGCUCUCCUUCCGCCUAGGACCGUGCUCCAGACCGUCCAGCACCUGAGCCCAGCCCAAAAGUUAGGUGGGGGCCCCAGGGACCAACAAGAAGUCCAGCCGAGUGCCUUCAAUUUUCACUUGCCCUGGAUCCCGUUCUCUUGCCCAUUAGAGGAGAACCGACACCUAGGCCAGAGUCCUUCCUCACCUGAUGGGACCCCCACCAGAUCAGCCCACCUGCGGGCCAUCCUUAAGCCCACUUCCUCCCUUCUGUACUUUCCCUCCUUUCCUCCCGUCUCCUCUCACUAAUUCUCGUUAACACCUUUCCCAGCCCCAUUCACUCCAAGUCCGGGGACCCUUACGGGGGCCUCCCCCCUCCGCCCCCCGGGCUCGCUGCUCCUCCUCGGACAUCAGUUCCUGGGCGCUGUCUUUCCUCCCUGGGACCCGAUUUCCUGUCGACUGGGGCAGA